GGAGGAGGCGGAGGAGGAGGGAGAGGAAGAGGAAGAGGAGGACGAAGACGACCAAGAAGACGACAUCGACGACGGUGACGCGAACGACAAGAGGAACGAGGAGGAGGACGAGGAAGAAGAGGAAGACGGGUCGUCGCGUAAAAUGGAGCUGCGCCUGCACUCACCAGCCGGAGCAGAACCGAUCGUUUAUCAGUGGCCCCUCACCUCCGGAUCAGGAUCCGUGAGUGAACGCGCUCUUUCUCCUGAGACACAAAGAUACAUGUUUGCCACUUCGUCGCAUUUCGCAUCGGACAAUGCGCGCUUUCUGGGAUUCGGUUUCCAUCCUUUAACGACGAUUUUCACAGCUGAUUGUAUGACUCUCGAGUUACGAACUGAUCGUCAUGAUGGAGCAUUAGACGUUGUAGAAACAAUGAGAUGGGUUUGCGAAGAUUUACCUGACUUAAAAUUACCAUUAGAAAAUAAUAUUCUUUGCGAUUAUGAUACAAGAGAUUAUGAAAGUAUGAAAAAUUUGUGUGAUAGAUUUAACAGAGCUAUUGACAGCUUGGUACAACUGGAAAAAGGCACCAGUUUACCAUCGCAAAGAUUAAAUAAACGUCCAAGUAGAGGCUUACUUCGGCACAUACUUCAACAAACAUAUAAUCAAGCUGUGGUUGAGCCUGACAAAUUAAAUCAAUAUGAACCCUUUUCACCGGAGGUUUAUGGAGAAACAAGCUACGAAUUAGUAUGUCAAAUGAUCGAUCAGAUUGAUGUGACCGAAGAUGAUGUUUUUGUCGAUUUAGGAUCUGGAGUUGGUCAAGUAGUUCUUCAAAUGGCAGCAGCAACUUUAUGUAAGAUUUGUAUUGGUGUUGAGAGGGCUGAUGUACCUUCGAAAUAUGCACAGAGUAUGGAAAUAAAUUUUCGAAAAUGGUUAAAUUGGUAUGGAAAAAGAUGUGGAGAAUAUCGUUUGGUAAAAGGUGAUUUUCUAGCAGAUGAGCAUCGCGAGAGUAUUACUGGUGCUACAAUUGUAUUUGUUAAUAAUUUUGCUUUUGGGCCAAACGUAGACCAUCAGUUAAAGGAAAGAUUUGCCGAUUUACGAGAUGGCGCUCGGAUAGUAUCCUCAAAGUCGUUUUGCCCCCUAAAUUUUCGAAUAACAGAUCGAAAUCUUAGCGAUAUUGGUACCAUAAUGCAUGUAUCUGAAAUGUCACCACUUAAAGGUUCGGUUUCAUGGACUGGCAAGCCAGUGUCCUAUUAUCUUCAUGUAAUUGAUAGAACUAAAUUGGAACGCUAUUUCCAUCGUUUAAAAAAUAAUAAGCAAGGUGGCUUAGAUGAAAACUCUGAUUCUGUGAUAAAUAACACUGCCAGCAAUAGUAAUAAGAUUUCUAAUAGAGGUGAAAGAAGUGACAGGGCCAAAAGAGAUCUUUCCAGACAAUUAGAUAGUCCUAAUCAUUCAGAACAGCAAGGAACAAAUAGCGAUUCUGAUAUGGAUGAAAAUAAUAUAAAAAAUCGUCGACAAUCAACUAAAAUUCGUAGGAAACUAAACAGAAAAAGUGCAAAUGGUAUAUCAAGACCUCCUCCUAGAGGAAGACAAAGAGGAAGAGGUGUGAAAAAGUCUAGACCCAAGAAAGCUAUAAAUAUAUCUGGACUCGAUUUAUUACAUAGUCAAACAUUAUUGAGUACAUCUCCACAAGCUCUUGGGAAGAAACCACCUCCUGCACCGGGUUGCGUGGAUCAACAACUUUCUUCUUUAUCCCUUUCUUUACAAUCUCAUUCCACCUCUGUGCACGAAGAACUCAGUAUACCACCUGCUCCGUCCGCGACUCCGUAUGCUCUACAAAUACUUUUGGAUUUAUAUAGGGACCAAUUCAUGCUUAUGCUAGAAUCUAUGAGAACACCUACCUACAGAGUAUCUGUUAAUACAGAUAUUGUAAAGGAGAGGGAAAGAAAUUCUAAGCUACAAUCAAGAGCAGCACAGUUGGAAAAACAAAUAAAAGUAUUGAUUGAUGAUAGUGUAGCACUUUUAAAAGCCAGGAUGACUGAAUUAGGCAUAAAUGCUACUUCCCCUGGAGACCUUUUAGCAAAAGCUAAAGAAAUAGUACUUAGACACAAGCAAUUGCAAGCUAAAGCGAGUAAGCUACAAGCUCAAGUAGCAUCUAUGGAAUCGGAACAAACGAGAUUAACGGCGCUUAGACACCAAGAAUUACAAGAAAAAUACAAUGGUCACGCAAAUGGAGUAUCUAAUGCGCCACAACCACUUACUCAAGAUUAUAUAUUGAAAGAAAUAUCUGCUACAUUAUCGCAGCGCAAGAGAUUGCAUUCACAGGUAUCUAAAUUGGAGCAUGAAUUGAAUGUAUUAGAAAGAGCUAGUAAUGAAAAGCAAGUGGCUGCUAUUGCUCAGCAACAAAGAGAUGCAAUUAACAAUAAACAUUCUCAAAGUCAGCAUCAUCAGCAAAAUGGAAAAAACGGGUCAACACGGAAAAAUAGAGAAGGACGUUCAAAAUCUUCUGAGUGGCCUGAUGUCCCAGACAUGGGCAAGAUACAAGAAAAUAAUCCUGAAAUUUUAGCACAGAAAAUUUUAGAAACUGGGAGACAAAUAGAAGCUGGUCGAAUUCCAAAUAGGCAAAAUUCUAAUGUUAAUAAUAAUUCUAGAACUAGACUGCCUCAAGCAUCCCUUAGUUUUUCUACGACGUCGUCAUGCAUUUCAUCAUCACAAUCACUUUCAAGUAACAAAGAAAUGACAAACAGAACACAAGAACCACCUAGGGUAGCUAAUUUUGAGGAUAGAUUAAAAAGUAUCAUUACAAGUGUAUUGAACGAAGAUCAACAAAAUCGUAGUAAACAACAGCAAAUGCAAUUACAAGUGCAAUUACAUCAUUCUGAUACAGAUAAAAAGCGAGGUGUGUUACCACAAAAUGUUUCUACUCCAGAUUAUACACAGGUUUCUCCUGCAAAGCUUGCACUUCGACGUCAUCUAUCUCAAGAACGUCUCUCUUCGCAUUUAACUCCAUCUGAUAGAUCGGCAAUUGAUUCUAGGCAAUCUGGUCACGAUAAUCGUAUUAUAGCUGGUGGUAGUGGAUUGCUUGGAACUAGAACAAUUGGUGAUCUUGUGAGUGGAGAGAUAGAGAGAACAUUAGAGAUAUCUAAUCAAACGAUAAUAAAUGCAGCAGUUGACAUGAGUGCAAUGAUGAGGCCAGAAACUGUUUAUUCUCCUAUAAGCCGACCAGCUAGUGCAGAAGGUGAUGCUGGUUUAUCAACUCUUGCACAUGUUGCUAGCUAUGCACCUACAUCAGUAACAACUGCUACGUCUACUCCUGCUAGUACUUCCAGAUCAUCUGUAUUAUUUACGCCUGUUACGCAACCGCAAAGAUAUACACCUGUGCAAUUACCACGAGCAGACAUUAAACCCUAUCACGAAUCUUAUUUUUCUGACAAUCCUUCGCAAUCGCUUACGCAUUCUCAUUCUCAUUCAUCAUCAUCCAUACAUUCAUCCCAAACAUCUUCAAAUGGUGAACUCUUACCAGUAGAAGGACUGGCCGCAUCUUUACAUGCCCGCAUUUUGAAUAAUCAUAAUGGUACUAAUAAAACUGAUCAAGUGCUGCCCAUUGCCAGAAGAUUUCAGCCAUAUCCUCGAUACGCAAAUAACAGUAAUAGCAACAACAAUACUAGUACAAAUGGUAGUAUGACCACAAUUUGCCAAUCACAACCUGCAGUGUCUGUGAAAACAGAAGCAGUCAUAUCAACAGUAAGCACAAGUGGUGCUCCUUUAAGUCCUCUCGUAGAACCACAUUCCAAUACUUCAACUCCUUUGGUUGAUGAACCCCAAAUGACAACACAAAGACAGCGGAAUGGUAUUGGUGAUGAUGAUGGGGAAGCAGAUUGGCAGGAUCGUAUCAGUUCUGGAUUUGAUCGUUUAGUUGCAUUUGCAUCAACAGAAUUAGACAAGCGAAGAAGAUCCACAGAAGGUGUAAAUACAAGUCCUGAUAGUGGAUUAGGUUCGGAUAGUACUGCAACAGGACCACCGCCUGUUGUUCCUUCUCCUGAUGAAGCAUUAGGACCUCCGCGGACACCUUCACCAACUAGUCCCCGUCCUGCAAAUCCUAAUAAUGGUAGUGCAAGCAGUAAUUCGUCAGUACCUCUCAAAUAUCAGAGACAAGUGGAUCCUGAACGGCAUCAUUUCAAAAAAAAGUUUUUUCACAGAGAUUGGAAUAAUUCUGGAAGUACCAGUAAAUUUCGUCCUAAAGGAAAAGAUUGGGACUGGAAUCAUUCUGGACAGUGGCCUCCAAACGAUGAACAAACUUAAUUAAAUAUUUGUUUAUAAUCAAAUAUUUUAUUGAAGAUGGGACGUUUUAUAAAGUUUGUCUACAAAUAUGGUCAUCUAUGUGCCUGUGAAAACAAAUUUAAUAUUUUCUAGCAUCAUUGACAUUUUAACUUUUCACCGUUAUGUUGAUUUUCUUGCUACAUUUUUGUCAAUGUCAAUUAUUAGCAAAUUGAUUUAGUUAUAUUAAUUUAAAAUAAUAUACUGCAUAUGUAAAAAUUAUUUAAUUACAAACUUUACAAAAUUAUUGGGUUUAAUGAUUAGUUAAUUAUUCAAACAUAUUUACUGUUUAUACUGUGUAUAAAAUCGCUGAGUUAAGCAUACAUGUGAAUAUAAAUUGUAAUUUCUACGGAUUUUGUAUGAAAACGAAAGAAGUGUAUACUUGAAUAAUGACAAGAAUGUAAAGAAUUAUUCUGCUACUACUCAGCGCGCGAUGUAAUGUAUGAACUUUAAUAUUAGACGAAAUUUAUUGUAAAGCUUGGUAAAUAAUUGCCAAACAAACGUGAAAAUGUUAUACCUCAUAAAGGACUGUUGCGUACCUUUAUUAGGUUAUGACAUUACACAGUACCUAUGAGAUUAUGCCUUCUAAAAAUGUAUAGUUCAUAGUCUACAUCUACAAUAUGGCACAAUGUUAUUAUAUAUACAACAUACUAGACAUAAUAGUCAUGUAAAUAAUGUGUCAUAUUUCAUAGAUGUUCGGACAGAUAUGAAUGACAAAAUAAGGCUACCAAAACCUUUGUGUGUUCGUAGCAAAUAAAUGGCUGCAAACUUUAUAAGCAGCUCUAUCUUCCAAUGUCUUUUGGAGGACUUUAUUCAAGUGUUCACUGUUACUCAUAGUGUAAAUGACAACAAAAAAGCAACACACGGUCAUUUCACUUCAAAAUAUAAUUACUUCCUUUUUGGCACAAAUUUACAUACAAAUUUGUAAAAUUGUGCGAAUUAUCCAAAGAGAGACCACUGCGAACAUUAAGAGAUUUUCAUGCUUUCGUUUAAGCAUAAUUAUGAUUUAAAAGCAAAAUACAACAAUUAACACAACACAUUUCGAAAUGUGAAACUUUGUGUAUAAAAAGAUUCUUAAUUAUUAUCAUGUCAAACAGAAAUAUGUAAAAAUAGCUUUCACUUGAAAAGGAAUAUGUAAAAAAAAGAAAAGAAAAGAAAAGAAAAGAAAAAAAAAUGAAUCGAUUUAUAUGCACGAUUGUAAUUAAUUAUGGAAUUAUUUAAUAAUCCCUAUAUAUUAGUAAAUGUAGUCAAUACAAUGUAGGCACCUGCUACAUUUCGCAUGUUACAUACACUGCCGAAUCUAUUAAUUAAUUUUAUUAUUGAUCAUUAUUAUUUAUUGUUUUUAUUGGAAUAUUUUAAUACUAAGGUUUUUGUAACAAUCAA